CAAAAAUUCUGGGCCGAUCAAAACCCUAGAUAUAUAUAUAAAUCGAAAGCCAGUAGCUUUAGGGUUCUCUCUCAGUUGUUGAAGCCGCUUCUUCUUCUUCGCUGUUGCUGGACGUCGCCACCAUCUGAAGAUCCCUAUCCAUGGCUGUCGGGAAGAACAAGAGGAUCUCUAAGGGUCGUAAAGGAGGAAAGAAGAAGAUCGUUGAUCCUUUCUCCAAGAAGGAUUGGUAUGACGUGAAGGCUCCCUCUUCAUUCUCCGUGAGAAAUGUUGGGAAGACACUUGUUUCAAGGACACAGGGAACCAAGAUUGCCUCUGAGGGACUGAAACACAGAGUUUUCGAGGUUUCUCUUGCUGAUCUCCAAGGAGGAGACGAGGAUAAGGCAUACAGGAAGAUCCGUCUUAGGGCUGAAGAUGUUCAGGGCAGGAAUGUGUUGACCCAAUUCUGGGGUAUGGAUUUCACAACCGACAAGCUUAGGUCAUUGGUGAAGAAGUGGCAGACUUUGAUUGAAGCUCAUGUUGAUGUGAAAACCACAGACGGCUACACCCUGAGGAUGUUCUGUAUCGCCUUCACCAAGAGGCGUGCCAACCAGGUGAAGCGUACUUGUUAUGCUCAGUCCAGCCAAAUCCGCCAGAUCCGCAGGAAGAUGAGUGAAAUCAUGGUCAAGGAGGCUUCAUCUUGUGACCUCAAGGAACUUGUUGCCAAGUUCCUCCCUGAGGCCAUUGGAAUGGAGAUUGAGAAGGCCACACAGGGAAUCUACCCAUUGCAGAACGUGUUUAUCCGUAAAGUGAAGAUUCUCAAGGCUCCCAAGUUUGACCUCGGAAAGCUCUUGGAGGUGCAUGGUGAUUACACUGCAGAGGAUGUUGGUGUGAAGGUAGACAGGCCAGCGGAGGAGACAGUGCCUGAGGAUCCUGCUGAAGUCAUCGGAGCUUAGAUGAUUUAUAGAUUUGCUUCUCUCUUUUUUUGAGUUUUUUGGUAAAAGAAUUCUCUACUUCAUGUGACUGGUUUUGGACUCCUUUUUGAUGGAUCUAUUAUUACUGUUCUUGUUUAUCAUGUUACCUCUUUUAAAUUUAAAUGUGCUAGUUCUAUUCAUCAUUCCUUGAUUUUUGACGAUUAUGAUUAAGAUGAAAUGAAUAUAAAAAUGCGUAAAAGCAGAUAUGGCG